GUACAAGCUUCCAAGUACUGCAUAUCACAAACACAAACAUGCCUACCGAAUUCAUAUCUCUAGCGUUCCCUAACGCUUCCACCGAAUUGGAGCCCAUUCCGGGUGCAUCCAUCGACCCAGAUUUCCUUAAGAGAUAUGCCCAGAACUUGGAUGACUACGGGUUCAACUACACUCUCCAGCCCUAUGACUCUUCCUACUUCGACCCAUUCACAACUGGUGCUACAAUCGCCUCGCACACCAAGAACCUUAAGGUCAUCAUUGCACUUCGUCCCAACACAGUCUACCCAACCGUAGCCGCCAAAUCCCUUGCAACUCUCGAUCAACUCUCCAAAGGUCGCGCUGUUGUGCACUUCAUCGCCGGUGGCAGCGACGCCGAGCAGGCCAAAGAAGGUGACUUCCUGCCCAAAGAUGAACGUUACGGACGUCUAGAAGAGUACAUCAAGAUCCUCAAGCGCGCAUGGGAGUCCCCCGAGCCGUUCGACUGGGAGGGCAAGUAUUAUCAAUUCAAGCAAUUCAGCAACCGCGUCAGGCCAGUCAACGGAAAGAGCAUUCCAAUCUCGGUCGGUGGGAGCAGCGAUGAAGCGUACCGCAUUGGUGGUCAGUUGGCUGAUAUCUUCGGCUUGUGGGGCGAGCCGCUGAAAGAGACCAAGCAGCAGAUUGAUAGGAUCUAUGCUGAGGCUGAGAAGGCGGGUAGGACGGAUAGGCCAAGGAUUUGGGUUACGUUCCGACCGAUUGUGGCGGAGACGGAGGAGUUGGCGUGGCAGAAGGCACAUAAGACACUCGAGGCGCUGCAGACGCACCGUGUGGCGGGGCUGGGGAGGGUUCCGGCGAAUGCGCCCCCACCACAGAAUGUUGGCAGCCAGAGGCUGCUCGACAUUGCGAAGAAGGGCGAGGUUCAGGAUAGGGCAUUGUGGUACCCCACUGUUACGGCAACGAACGCAAGGGGAGCCUCGACCGCAUUGGUAGGAAGCUACCAGACAGUCAUCGAUUCCAUCUUGGACUACGUCGAUCUCGGUUGCGAACUCAUCUCCAUCCGCGGGUAUGAUAAUCUCAACGAUGCAAUCGAUUACGGAAGGUACAUCCUACCAGGUGUACGGAAGGAGCUGGAGAAGAGAGAAGGCGUGAAGCAGGAAGGCAGUGGGAUUGUGAACAAGGUUGCGGAGGCUGUAGAAAGCGUCACUGUUCACAACGGUUGAGCGACUUAGCUGUUACUACUAAGCAGUAUCAAGC